AUGCAAGCCUAGCCAAACACGAUUUUCGCAAACCAGGCUAAACUAAGCUCACCAACCAAACAUGAGGGCCCAGCACUGUUGCAGCCAGAUCAAAGCUGGCCAUGGCUAAUUCUUAGCCAGGUUUGAACUAAGCCGAGCAACCAAUUACAACAUCACUGGCAGUAGCAGUUCAGAGGCAGCAUUUGUAAAAUCACCGAGCUCUCUGUCCAGUGCAGUGCGGUGCAGGAGGCAAGCGCCAACCGAUGCCACUCCACCAACCGCGGCGCGUGAUUCGGUCAGGAGAUGGGAAUCAGUUGGCAUCGUCUGCUCAUCUCAUCUGCUCCGCCCCGCCCGCCGAUGGGCAUCCCGUUCCUAUCCAUCUGCUCAUCAGGAAAGGAUAGAUAGAUAGAAAGAUCGAUCGGCUCAUCGGCAGAUGCUGUCCAUGGUGCGGCGGCCGCUCUCCGCCGCCGUGCCCGCCGGCAACCUCCUUGGCAUCCAUCUCUUCCAGUGCCCCGACACCGUGGGCAUCGUCGCCAAGCUGUCCGAGUGCAUCGCCUCCCACGGCGGCAACAUCCACAGCGUCGACGUCUUCGUCCCCGACGACAAGCGCGUCUUCUACUCCCGCAGUGAAUUCACGUACAACCCAAGGCUCUGGCCACGUGACGAGCUGCACAAGGAUUUCCUCAACCUUUCACACUGCUUCAGUGCGCAGAGAUCGACCGUACGAGUGCCUGAUCUUGACCCCAAAUACAAGAUCUCAGUCCUCGCUUCAAAGCAGGACCAUUGUUUGUUUGAUUUAUUGUAUAGAUGGCAAGAAGGCAGGCUUCCAGUUGACAUUAAUUGUGUCAUAAGCAAUCAUGAUAGGCCAGAAGAUAAUCAUGUCCGAAGAUUUCUUGAGAGACAUGGAAUUCCAUAUCACUACUUACCGACCACAUCUGGGAACAAACGAGAGCAAGAGAUACUAGAAUUGAUUGAAGGCACAGAUUUUGUUGUGCUGGCAAGAUACAUGCAGAUAUUGUCAGAAAGAUUUUUAAAAUCAUAUGGUAAAGAUAUUAUUAACAUUCAUCAUGGACUUCUUCCCUCAUUUAAGGGAGGGCAUCCUUCCAGACAGGCCUUCAAUGCUGGGGUAAAGUUGAUUGGUGCAACUAGCCAUUUUGUCACUACCGAACUUGAUGCUGGGCCAAUCAUUGAGCAGAUGGUUGAGCGAGUUUCUCACAGAGACACGCUACGGAGUUUUGUUGUGAAGUCUGAGAACCUUGAGAAGCAGUGCCUAGCAGAGGCUAUUAAGUCAUACUGCGAGCUCCGUGUCUUACCAUAUGAACUGAAGAAGACUGUUGUAUUCUGAGCUAAUUUUUCUUACAUAUUGGUGUGGUGUGUAUUAUUUUUCACAAAACAAGCAAUAAAUGAUUAAUUUUCCUAUAUUUCCACAAUCGCUCUCUAGCAUUUUGUGAUUAUACAUGUCUUACUCUGGUUUGAUAUGAUGAGCAUACUUGAGCAGUAGCAACGAAUUAUUCAUUGGACACUAGUUCCCAGUAAGCAUAUAUAAAAGCACAUGAGAAGAAAACAGUUUAAAGAUACUGCAUACACUGUGAUUAGGCAAUGCAACAGCCUCUCUCCUGCAUUUGCUCGAAGGUUGCAAGGAAUGAAGGAAUCACAAAGUUGAUAUCAAGGUAACCUGCAAAAAAAAAAAAGAAGAGAAAGAUAUCAAGGUACCCUACAGCUGAACACUGUUUCGGCACCCUCAUUAAGGCACUUGCGGAAGAUCUUGCCGAGGAUGAUGGAUAGCAGGCAGUCUGCCGCAGUCCCUCCUGGUCCUGGAUGAGCUGUUUGUUUUGAUGAUCAUGGGGCCCAGCUGACAAGUGAUGCUGACACUGCAUGAUAAUUCUGAAACCGUAUUCAGCUGAAAAAGUUAUUGAAGCUAGGUUCUCCAUAGCUAUUUUUGCUGAUGUGUAGAAAGAGCGGACUCUGCUGUAUGAAGAGUUAGCCUCAACCAUUCUGGACGAGUUGUUUGUUUCGAUGACUGUGUCUGGACAUAAAGUAACGCCCUGUAUUAGAAGAGCGGAGACUCAUUCUCACUCGUACCACCAGUUAGAUGUGCUGGUUCAUGCUCGCUGAACUGGAUGCCUGACGAGCAUUCUUCAGUUCCUGUUA